UAAAUCAUUAAUUGUGUUCAAAAUGUUUAAGCUGUUAAGCGAAUACACUUCAUUAGAAAAAUUAAGUCUUUUUUUGCUAACCAUAUUCGUUCUCAAGUUUACAUCGGCUUUGAUUCGUCUAAUUUAUUAUAAUGCUAUUGCGCCAUUUCUAAACACACAUAUAGACUUCAGAUCAACUGGAAAAUGGGCAGUUGUGACCGGUUCUACCGAUGGAAUUGGAAAAGCUUACGCUGAACAAUUAGCCAAAAUGGGCAUGGCUAUAGUGUUAAUAAGUAGAACCGAAUCAAAACUUGAACAUACCGCUAAAUAUAUUCGUAACACUUACGGCGUCGAGACUAAAAUUAUUAUAGCAGAUUUCACGGAAGAAGGGUCUGCGUUGUAUUCGCGGAUAACCAAAGAGCUCGACGGGAUGGACAUUGGGGUGUUAAUUAAUAACGCAGGACAAUGCUAUCCACAUCCAGAGUAUUUUUUAAAUUUCACACGAGACGAUCCCGUGCUGGACAAUAUUGUAAAGUGCAAUAUUUUGUCUGUGAUUAACAUGUGCCGAAUUGUCAUGCCCGGUAUGGUUAAAAAACGUCGAGGGGUCAUUGUGAAUAUUGGAUCAGCGUCAGCACCGUGUCCCUGUCCGCUAUUAACCGUUUAUGGGUCUUCAAAAAAAUUCGUAGAGAAAUUCAGCGAAGACCUUGGUACCGAGUAUAAACGUUUUGGCAUUAUUAUUCAGUGCGUGAUGCCUGGUUAUGUGGUAACCAAGAUGAGUAAGAUAGAAAAACCCUCUUGGAUUGCACCUACCCCAGAAAAAUAUGUCCAAUCUGCGUUAACGACUACCGGAGUCGAAGCACUAACGACUGGUUAUUUUCCACAUACACUUCUAAUAAACUUAAUUCUUUUUAUGAAAAGUAUUUCACCGUCUGGGACGUCUAAAGUUAUGAUGAUUGGAAUGCAAAAAUAUCGCAAUAAAGGGUUGAAAAAAAAACUUUGAAAUUUAACAAAAUUUAAUUGGGGCAGUCACUAGUUCAUAGGAUUUAUUAUUGCUGAAUAGUAAAAACACCGUAAAAAAACACUAUCCAUUAAGUAUAAUAAACAUAAUAUAAGCGGUAUAAUUACAUUUUUAGUCAUUUGUAAAGAUAAAAAAAAGAACAAUUAAAAAUUUGUACAAAUUUUGAGCUUUUUAUGUACUACUUUAGACCCCUUUAUAGACGAUAGUCUUAUUUUAAGAACAAGAAAUCUUAAAAUUCUAUUACUUUUAAUUUUAUCUUUUUGUUUAGCUUCCAUGCGAAGCUGAAAAGGUAUUUUUUUUUAUUUUCAAAACGUGAACGUCUUAUCUUUA